AUGAGCGACUCAGGUCGGCAUGCCCCACGGAAACCAAUUGAUGAAACAAAUGCCAGUUACCAAUUAUCUUUAAAGCGGAAGAAAGCGAAGGCAUUGGAACGCGAACAACUUAAAAAAGUGGAUGAACAAUUAGAUUUGAUCACUGCAGAAGAACUUUUAGAAACUACAUAUUACUUUGAAAAUAAUUAUCGACGAGUUCAACCAUAUUACUAUAAUUUUAAAGUCAAUGCCAAAGGGAGGUGGGUAGGCAAAUCUAUUGUAGAAGUCUUUGUAAGUGAAUUUAAAGUGUGUGACGUCAAUGGAACUGAGUUAGCGAUUCAAAGAGGAGACAUUACUGUGAAUGAUCUUCCAACGACUUUGUCAUAUAAAGUGCGAAUGGGCGAUCACAUUGGACAUCGUGUGCAUCGCCAUGAACCUCCAGUCACAUCUCAAGAGGUUAAAAUAAUUAAAGAAACUCAAGACUUUAUUGUGGUUGAUAAACCUGGGUCUAUCCCCGUUCAUCCAUGUGGCCGUUAUAGGCAUAACACUGUAGUCUUUAUAAUGGCAUCUUUGGGGUUGAAAACACUUCGACCAGUUCAUCGAUUAGAUAGAAUGACAUCAGGGAUCUUAAUAUUGGCAAAAAGUGCCGACGCGGCGCGACGGGUCGGGGAGAAGAUUUGUUCAAAACAGACGGCUAAAGUCUAUUUGAUUCGUGUAAGAGGGAAAAUGAGUGAAAUGGUGACCGUCGAAGGAAAGAUCGGAAGACAAAGCAAAAAAGAAAAAAUUGACGUCAUGGUCCAACACAUCGACGAGGAAAAAGGAAAAGCGUCAAAAAGCCAAUUUGAACCACUGUUUUAUGACGAGAAAAGUAACACAACAGUUAUCACCGGGAAACUGGAAAGUGGAAGGACACACCAACUGAGAGUCCACUUAAAAGAAAUUGGACACCCAGUCGCUAAUGAUCCGAUUUAUGGAGCGAAAUUUGAUAGUACAAAACAUUGCGAUGACGACGGAAUCAUUGAAAGCGAAUACAAAGGUGAUCUAAAGAAAUGGGAGAAGGUAGAUUGGUGCGAUGAAUGCAAUAAAAUUAAAGGGGAUCCAGAACAACUGGAGAUUUAUCUCCACGCGUGGAAGUAUGAGAUCGAUGGAGAGAAGUUCGAGACGGACGUGCCAUGGUGGGCAAAGAGAGAGGCAGACGUCACAAAGGAGUUGGAGAAAUGGAAAGCGAACCAUAUUCUGGAAUGA